UCCAUGCAUUUGUAUCAUUCGAGCAGAAUCUAACCCUUAACAAUGUUUCAGUCGUGUUUGUCGAGGCACUUUCUGGGUGCAGAGCGCUAUACUAAGCACUUGGGAAAGUUUCCUUCCGUUCCCCACAGAUGCGUCUGCUUGAUCCGGAAUUAGGGAUCGUCUUGGAUCAAGUACCUUUAGGUACUUGAUAUUCGCCCCUCAACCAGCCCCACCACACUUCUGUAUCGGCCCCCCCCACAACCUGCCCCCAACGCCCCAGUGACUUGCCCUGUUCCACCCAUUCUGAGUUGGAGGUGUCUUCUCCAGCUUCUCCAGCUUCUCCAGGAUGCCGGCAGCACUUGUGGAGAACAGCCAGGUUAUCUGUGAAGUGUGGGCCAGCAAUCUAGAAGAGGAGAUGAGGAAGAUCCGAGAAAUCGUCCUCAGUUACAGCUACAUUGCCAUGGACACCGAAUUUCCAGGUGUUGUGGUGCGACCGAUCGGUGAAUUCCGCAGCUCCAUAGAUUACCAGUACCAGCUGCUGCGAUGUAACGUUGACCUCCUGAAAAUCAUCCAGCUGGGGCUCACGUUCACGAACGAGAAAGGGGAGUACCCUUCUGGGAUCAACACGUGGCAGUUCAACUUUAAAUUCAACCUCACAGAGGACAUGUACUCCCAAGACUCCAUAGACCUCCUUGCAAACUCCGGGCUGCAGUUCCAGAAGCACGAAGAGGAAGGCAUCGACACCUUGCACUUCGCGGAGCUGCUGAUGACGUCGGGAGUGGUCCUCUGCGACAACGUCAAGUGGCUGUCAUUUCACAGUGGUUAUGAUUUUGGCUACAUGGUGAAGCUACUGACUGAUUCCCGACUGCCCGAGGAGGAGCAUGAGUUUUUCCACAUCCUGAACCUCUUCUUUCCCUCCAUCUAUGAUGUGAAGUACCUGAUGAAGAGCUGCAAAAAUCUCAAAGGAGGGCUUCAGGAAGUUGCUGAUCAGCUGGAUUUGCAGCGUAUUGGAAGGCAGCAUCAGGCAGGUUCGGACUCGCUGCUCACGGGAAUGGCGUUCUUCAGGAUGAAAGAGUUGUUUUUUGAGGACAGUAUCGAUGACGCCAAGUACUGUGGGAGGCUGUACGGCCUUGGCACCGGCGUGGCACAGAAGCAGAAUGAGGAUGUGGACUCUGCUCAGGAGAAGAUGAGCAUCCUGGCUAUUAUCAAUAAUAUGCAGCAGUGACCGUGGGGUACAGCCUUUCAGGAUGGGCCAGUUCUGUUGUGGUGCUUGCUGUCCUGGACUGUGAGGUGUGUGUACGUGUGUGUGUGUGUGUGUGUGUGUGUGCGCGCGCGUGCGUGCGUGGUGUCUGUCUCACUUUACCGCCCCCCCUUUUCCUCCAGAAAAAGCUAUUGAACAUAUUGUAUCUCCAGUCCGCAUCGAGCCGAGCGACUGUUGUUUUACUAAAGACAAAUGUCUUUAUUUUAGAUCCGGAAAAGGGAAAUUCAUGCUGAAUUAUUCACGAGCAGCUCCCCCCCCCAACUCUCCUCCUCCCUGUCACGGCAUAGUAAUACCAGCAUCAAGGCCUCACCACUUGACUCCUUUUUAAUAUCCACGCCAAGCCGGAAACCAGUAAAAUGUAUAUAUAACUCUUCUCUGUUGUCCUUCUUUUUCUUUUAAACUUACUGCAAAUCGGGGAGACUGAAGGUCUUAGUGAAGGUCACAGCUUGGAAAUGUACCGACAGUGAGAGGAACUGAUGCGCUUAGGGGAUUGUUUGUAGGCUUAGAUGGUAGUUUUGGUGUUUUUUUUUUCCUCUCUCUCUGUAUUACAUGGAUAUUUGCUCAUCACUGCUGGCAGUUUGGGACUAACCCUUCUCUAAAGCAAACUACAGCUUGGUUAAGUCUUUCUGCCCUUCAGUCUUGAUGGCAUUUGGAGGGGUCUCCUAAGAGCUGAAAUGAUGUCAUUUUCUUAUGUCAUUUGCCUGGUGUGCCAAUGGCUUCCUCAGAAAUGUUCUGGAAUUCAUGGGGAAAAGGCACGAUAACUUCCCUUCCCUUUCCCACGGAAAUGAGCCAAACGAUUGUUCGGACCAAAUAUCUCUUCUGAUUGCAGAUGGUGCUUUUAACCUCUUCCUCAUUUCCUUCCCCUUUACUUGGCCUUCCAGCAAGGCUAAGUCUAGGAGGUGGGGAAAUGAGAGAACUGGGAAGUUACCCGCUUGUAGUGGAAAAUAGGACAGCAAAGGACUUCAAUUUUGCUCUUCUAGCAAUCCUUUGGAAUAAUAACCCACACCUGGGAUAGGGUACUCACGACACGGAAUAUGUUUUAUUCUUUGAAUGACCAGAACAUGGAACUGAGGACCUUUAAAGCUGACGACUGACUGAAGCAGAGUAACAGUCUUGCCUCUGGACAAGCUUCUCGAUUUGCAAUGCUUAAAACUGUGUCAAGUAUUACGCUGGUAUUUCAAAUGCUUGUAAAUAUUAUUUAUGUUUUUAAUUUUGUAAAAUAAAGAUUUUUUUAACCA